UUUACUGUUAACAUUGAUAACAAAAAUGGCUGAAAUUCUUGUUAGCGUUGUAGCCGAAACUUUAAUUGGGAAACUGAUUUCCACCGAGUCCAACGAGAUUUCUCUCGUUUGGGGUGUCAAAGAUGGAAUUGAAAGACUUCAAAAAACCUUAACCAGUAUUCAUGCUGUGUUAACUGAUGCCGAGAAGCAACAAGUAGAGAAAGAGACAGUCAAGCUUUGGCUCGACAAUCUUAAAGAUAUGGUCUACGAGGCGGAAGACAUACUGGAGGAAUUUGAGUAUAGAGCUCAUAAACAAGAGAUUCAAGUUCGCAAACAAGACAAGGUCAGAAAUUUCUUCUCGCGCUCAAACCCUCUUGGGUUUAAUCACAAGAUGGCUCACAAGAUUAAACUUCUUAACCAAAAGUUAGAUCAAGUUUCAGAAGAUAAAGAAAAGUUCAGUUUUAAUAAAUCUGAGAGUACUCCCAGAAGAAACAGAGAAACUCACUCUCUUGUAGAUGUUUCAAUGUUUGUUGGAAGAGAAAAAGAGAAGUCGGAGAUAAUAGAUUUGUUGUUGGAUAACUCUUGCAAUCAACAAAUCUAUUGCGUUAUUCUCAUUGUUGCCAUGGGAGGAGUUGGAAAAACUGCCCUUGCUGGUAUCAUCUAUGGUGAUGAUGUUGUAAAACAACAUUUCGAAAAAAGAUUAUGGGUAUGUGUAUCCGAAGACUCAAGCCGAAAGCAGGUUUUUAAUCAGCUUUUGGAUUCUGGAAAAAAAGAGAAGUAUACGAGCUUGGAUGUCAUGGUAAAUGAUCUCAAAGAGAAACUCCAGGGUAAUAGAUACUUGAUAGUGCUCGAUGAUAUGUGGACCGAUGAUCACAGUGAGUGGGACGACAUGUUAAACGACUUGUUGCUCCUCGGCAGUCGAGGAAGCAAAGUGAUCAUAACAUCGCGAUGCAAUGAAGUUGUGUCACCCAUGAGUUCUAUAUACAGGUAUAGCUUGGCUGGUCUGUCCGAGGACGAUUGUUGGACUAUGUUGGAUAAAAUUGCUUUUGGUCCUGAGGGUGCAGGAAAGACAACGGAGUUAACCGAGAUCGGAAAAAGCAUCGCUAGAAAAUGCAAAGGAGUACCGUUAACAAUAAAGGUUCUGGGGCGUUUGAUGUAUUCCAAAAAAUCUGAGCAUGAAUGGCAAUCAAUUGAAAACAAUGAGAUUUGGAACCUCCCGGCAGGCGUAACCAAAGUUAUGAAGGUUUUGAAGUUGAGCUAUGACCAUCUUGAACCACAUUUAAAACAAUGUUUUAGAUAUUGUUCUCUAUUUCAAAAGGAUUGCAUUAUCAAGAGAAAAAAUCUUAUUCGGAUGUGGAUGGCAGAAGGGUUCCUUGGUCACUCAAGACAUAGCAUGGAGAUAGAAACCUUGGGCAAUGAAUAUUUUAGUAGUCUGUUGAGUAAAUCAUUCUUCCAAGAGGAGAAAAAAAAUGAGUUUGGUAUUAUAAAAUCAUGCAAGAUGCAUGAUCUUAUACAUGAUCUUGCACAAUCUGUUGCCAAGAGUGAAUCCUCUAUGAUUAUUGAUAAUACGAUCGGAGAAGAGGAUAUCUGUAGACUUCGUCGUGUAAGUUUUGCCUCUCAUGAGAGUCAUGAGGUAUCACAAUUACCUGCACCAUUGGCUAAAGUGAAGAAACUGCGGGCACUGAUUUCUACUAAAUCGGAGUUUAUUAGUAAUUCAUAUGGUAUGCAGAUUUUUACGAACUUCAACUAUCUACGUGUGCUGGACUUGAGCCGUGGUUCGAUCACUGAGUUGCCGCCAUCAAUUUCCAAGUUAAUACACUUAAGGUAUCUCAAUCUCUCGGACUCUCAGUUAAAAGCAUUACCAAGCUCUUUCACUGCUCUCUAUAACUUGCAGACGUUGAAUAUCAAGAGAUGCAAUUAUCUUAAGGAUUUUCCUAAAGAUAUGAGAAAGCUAACUAAACUAAGGUAUCUUUUAUCCGGUGGAUACCCGAUGCUAAAAAAUGCAGGCCUUUUCACUUCUCUUGUUUGUUUACCAGUAUUUGUUGUCGGAAAUAAGAGCCAGCAGGGAUUUGGUAUUCAAGAGUUGAGAGACCUGAAUCUCCUUAGUGGGAAACUAAAGAUUUGUAAUCUUGAGAAUAUAAGCAAUGGAGUAGACGCCGAACAAGGUGGUUUAAAAGAAAAGCAACACAUUCUUCGAUUAGAAUUGCACUGGUCGACAACUAGAGAUCCCGGUGUACAUGAUGAUUUUGAAGUGUUACAAGGCCUCCAACCUCAUCGGAAUCUGAAAAGAUUGCAAGUUUACCAGUAUGUUAGUUCGAAAUUCCCAACUUGGAUGAUGAGCCCGCAACGCUUUCUUCCUAAUCUAGUGCAUUUGAUUUUAACAGAUUGCGUAAAAUGUGAAUAUCUUCCACCUCUUGGGUUACUCCCUUUUCUCAAGGUUCUUACAAUAGAUGGACUUGAUGGCGUGAAAAAUAUUGGAAGUGAAUUCUAUGGUAGUGAUAAUGCCUAUGUAUCUUCUUUCCCUUGUCUGGAAUUUCUCACUCUAACUAAUAUGAGUGAUUUAGUAGAAUGGCAGGAUCAAGUUUCAUCCCCAUCUGCUUCUUCUUCCUUUUCAAGUUUUCCUCGCCUCGAAAGGUUCAUUAUCAUGGGUUGCCGAAAGCUAACACACAUGCCAAACCGAUUUCCGUCUCUGAAAACCUUGUACAUCAAAAGUUGCAAUGGCGAACCAAUUCGCUCUUUGGUAGAAAGCAACCGGUCAUCUCUCACGUCCAUCCAAGUUGAUAGCUGCAACGAGUUUGUGUCUCUUCCUCUAGGGUUUUUUAGAGGAAAUAACGUUCUUAGUCGGCUUGAAAUAUGGCUUUGUGAAAAUUUUGCAGGAUUUACUCCAGACGUUGCACUUCCGGAUCGAGUAAAUUCUAGUAAUUCUCUUAAAGAGUUGGGCUUUCUAAAUUGUGGUCCUUUAAAUUCUUGCUUGGAUUUAAGGGGAUUCAAUUCUCUACGGAUGUUACUUAUUUUAUUUCUGAAAAGUCAAGAGUGUAUCAGUGGUUUAGAGUACAUAAUCAGCAAAAAAAGUGGUAUAGAAUACCUUCCCAAACUUGAAACUCUUGAAAUUGGUUCAUUCUCUGGAGAUCUUGAGCCCUUCCCGUUUCCUGCCGCCAGCAUUGGAGAAGGAGGAGGAGGAACUGCAGUAGGCAAUUAUUUUCCAUCGCUUUGUGAAUUAACUCUUAGGGGAGGCGGCAAACUCAAAUGUCUGCCUGAUCAAAUUCAGAACAUCACUUCUUUACAGUGCCUGCGGAUAUACGUUUUUAAUUCUUUGGUGGCUCUGCCAGAAUGGUUGGGUAAUUUGACUUCUCUUAGGGAGUUGGUAAUUUUUAACUGUGAAAAUCUUAAGUAUCUGCCUUCACAAGAGAAGAUGCUACGACUCACCUCACUACGAAAACUGUCUAUUUAUGGGUGUCAAGUCCUGGUGGAUAGAUGUAAAGGAGGAGAAGAGGCCUACAAGAUAUCCCCUGAGAUUGAAGUUAAUUACUAAAUCAAGGUGUUAAGGAGCAAGUUCGGGUUCUUCAGUAUGUUUGGUGGUGGACCGGAGACCAGCUUUCUGCUUCUGCAACAAUCCUUGCAUAAGUUUUACUGAAUAUAAUAAGGCUUUUGGGAAGAUGUCACUGUCCUUCGCGCUAUCUAUUAUGUCUUUUGCACAGCUCCUUUUGAACCGGUCUUCGUUCUGUCUUCAUCGCAUAAUUGUUUCUUCGUACUCUCUCCUUGUUGUCACGCUACUAUUCUUCGCCUUGAUCUUUGAUUAUCGUGAUACCUUCGUAUUUAGAGUUGUUUUAUCUGGAGUGAAGUUAAGUUAUGUCUUGUGCGAGAUUUCACCCUUACAUUUUGCCUCUUCUCAUGUUGUUCUUCUGUAAGUAGAAUAAUGCGAGAAUCUUUGGUCAAAAUUUGUGCCAGACCUGUCUUUUCGUUUUCUCUGUCUUACCCGACACACUUCCAUAAUUUCCGCGUAACUGCUACACGUGUUGACGGUAUUUUCCUCUUCAAGCGACACGUCUUAACUUCUUUUCUUCGGAUAAAUAUCUAGGAGAGAGGUAAAAGGGAAGGUCUUAUUUUUCUACCGUUUCUUUCCUCUGUUCAUCUUCUUCUCCUUUCAAUUUCUUCUUUUUUCUUUUAAAUUUUCCCGUUUCUAAUUUUUCUUUAUGGCGGAUCAAGACAUGUCUGCACCUGCUACUGUUGCUCCAACAUCUUCUCGUUCUAAGCGUAAGCCUUCUAGGAAGUGGGUAUAUGUUCUUGAAAGCUUCCGGACCACCCUGAAAGAUAAAGGUUUCAAGCUUAUCGUCCCGAAGGGUUCAUCUUCUGCUACUCUUCUGAAUAAGGAGAGGAUAUUCUGGGAGGAACUUGUAGCGCGAAUCGUAUGCCCAUCGCGCUCGGACAACUAAAGGCUGGUCUUCCUCUUCCUCUUUUUGACCCCGAGGUCUGGCGAGCAUCAAUCAUGCUGCAUAUCAACUAGGUGGUGUGAAGGAUCGGAAAAUUAUGCCUGGAGCGCCUGGGCACGCAGACCAUAACUUCCCCGGUAUUUUUUUGGAAAUAAAUAUUGUUGGAAAAUUCGGCUCGAAAAGUUGCUCGGUGCACCCCCGGAGGACAUUUGCUAUACGAACCCUCACUUUGGAUAAGGGGUAACUAAUUACUAAGGGGCACCCAUUUCUAGGCAGUUGCUAAUCGCACCCCCGGACUGGAUAAGGACAUCACGUGUUGUGACCUGGCACAACACGGGCACAACACGUGAGCUCAGAGUGUUGUGAUGUGCCAGAUAAAUAGGGACAUCAGCACGGCACAGUACGUGGUACGUGUAAGCACGCGGCAGAGCACAACACAUGAAGAAAGCACGCUAAAUCAUGCAUAACGCAAUACAUCUGAUUUCAUGCAUAUUUCACAAAAAAGUCUACCGAGUCCCCGUUGUGUUUUUUUAGUAAUGAGUGAAGAAAAACACUAAAAUAAAAUCAAUUCAUCAGGAUGGAUUCUUGGUA